UUAAUUAUUGAGCUAUGCAAAUCAUAUUUUGGGUUAGCUUUAUGGUAAUAACCUAACGUUAUUAUCUUUUUUUGGCUGUAGACGGCUCCGAAGCUAGUCAACCGGUGCCGAGUUAAUCGAGUUAGUUGAAAAGAGCGCGGUCGGUGCCAAGUCGACCUGUUCCAAGGUGGAUGCCGAUGGUAGGCACGGUCGGUGCCGGGCUGAAGAUGGUUACAUCGGUGCCGAGUCAAUCGGGACCGGAUAGGCACUGUUUUUCUCUGCCUCAAGUUCGACGGGAAAACCGUAGUCGAUGCCGGGGUAUUUAGCAGAUUCAGUCGGCGUGGUCGUGGGCAAGUGCAGCCGCGCUAGGAGAGCCCAAGGCUUGAGAGGGGCGCUAGGCCUGAGCUGUUUUUGUUUUUUUCUUUUUUCGGCGUAGAGGACGACACUGCGAGCCCGCGGGGUCUCCUUACAGCACCAGAACAGCUCUCAACACAAUAUCUGGCAACUACACGAAGCCUUGUGCAGUGAAAAAGAGAGUAAUGGCCGCCUACCAAUCUUCUGAGAAUGGUCGAAACCAGCUCAAAAAGUACUAGAAUCAGAAGAGAAGGUAUUGGGGAUGUACCACAGAUACUGGGAGGAGUACAGUAAAGGGGCAGACUACAUGGACUGCUUAUACAGGUACCUCAACACACAGUUCAUCAAGAAGAACAAACUGACUGAAGCUGACCUGCAGUAUGGCUAUGGUGGGGUGGACAUGAAUGAACCACUAAUGGAAAUAGGAGAGCUAGCGCUUGACAUGUGGAGGAAACUGAUGAUUGAGCCUCUGCAGACCAUUCUGAUCCGAAUGCUACUAAAAGAAAUUAAAAAUGACCGGUGUGGUGAGGACCCAAAUCAAAAAGUAAUCCAUGGGGUUAUCAACUCCUUUGUUCAUGUUGAACAGUACAAGAAAAAGUUUCCCCUUAAGUUUUAUCAGGAAAUAUUUGAAGGCCCUUUUCUGGCUGAAACAGGAGAGUAUUACAAACAGGAAGCAUCCAAUUUACUGCAAGAGUCAAACUGCUCACAAUAUAUGGAAAAGGUUUUAGCCAGGUUAAAAGACGAAGAGGUUCGAUGUCGGAAGUACCUACACCCCAGCUCGUAUGCCAAAGUGAUUCACGAAUGCCAGCAGAGAAUGGUGGCAGACCACUUGCAGUUCCUACAUGGGGAAUGUCAAGAUAUCAUCCGACAGGAAAAGAGAGAUGACAUGGCCAACAUGUACACGCUACUGCGGGCUGUGUCUAGUGGGUUACCUCACAUGAUUCAAGAGCUACAGAACCAUAUCCACGAUGAGGGCCUAAGAGCAACCAGCAACCUGUCUCAGGAAAAUAUGCCAACACGUUUUGUGGAGUCUGUGUUAGAGGUUCAUAGUAAAUUUGUUCAGCUCAUCAACACUGUCCUGAAUGGCGACCAGCACUUUAUGAGUGCACUUGAUAAGGCUUUGACUUCAGUUGUAAACUACAGAGAGCCGAAGUCCAUUUGCAAGGCCCCUGAACUGCUUGCAAAGUACUGUGACAACCUGCUAAAGAAGUCUGCAAAGGGAAUGACAGAGAAUGAGGUGGAGGACAAGCUGACGAGCUUCAUUACUGUAUUUAAAUACAUAGAUGAUAAAGAUGUGUUUCAGAAGUUUUAUGCAAGAAUGCUAGCAAAGAGAUUAAUACAUGGCCUGUCGUUGUCUAUGGAUUCAGAAGAAGCCAUGAUCAACAAACUAAAGCAAGCUUGUGGGUAUGAAUUUACCAGCAAGCUCCAUCGAAUGUACACAGACAUGAGCGUCAGUGCUGACCUGAACAACAAAUUUAACAACUUUAUUAAAACCCAGGAAACUGUCGUUGACCUUGGAAUAAGUUUUCAGAUCUACGUACUGCAGGCAGGGGCAUGGCCUUUAACACACGUUCCAUCCUCCACAUUUGCCAUUCCUCAGGAGCUGGAAAAGAGUGUACAGAUGUUUGAAUUAUUUUACAACCAGCACUUCAGUGGGAGGAAGCUAACAUGGCUGCACUAUCUUUGUACAGGUGAGGUCAAAAUGAACUAUCUCUCCAAGCCCUACGUUGCGAUGGUUUCUACCUACCAAAUGGCAGUACUUCUGGCUUUCAAUAACAGCGAGACAGUUAGUUACAAGGAGCUCCAGGACAGCACGCAGAUGAAUGAGAAAGAACUGACAAAAACCAUCAAGUCCUUGCUGGACGUUAAAAUGAUUAACCACGAUUCUGAAAAGGAAGAGGUAGAAGCAGAGUCUACAUUUUCAUUAAAUCUGACUUUCACCAGUAAACGAACCAAGUUUAAAAUUACAACAUCGAUGCAGAAGGACACCCCGCAGGAGAUAGAGCAGACUCGGAGUGCCGUGGACGAGGACAGGAAGAUGUAUUUACAAGCUGCUAUAGUCCGUAUCAUGAAAGCACGCAAAGUUCUGAGACAUAAUGCACUAAUACAGGAGGUCAUUAACCAAUCAAAAGCCAGAUUUAACCCCAGUAUCAGCAUGAUUAAGAAAUGCAUCGAGGUGCUGAUCGACAAACAGUAUAUUGAAAGAAGUCAGAGUUCAUCAGAUGAGUACAGCUACGUAGCAUGAUGUUAAGAGUCCUGUAGCUUACGACAGACCGGAGACACGUUUGUGUUCCUGUGGGAUGAAGCAGAACUGUGCCUCCAUCUAGGGAUCUUCACUGAGUCGUCUGGCAGCCCCCCCUCUCCUCUUCCCAAUGUUCUGCUGUUUACAACAUCACCAGUGCCACGCCAUGUGCGUCAAUAAAAAUGCCUAUAGUUAUUUGAGCUGAUACUACAUUUCUAGUCUACUAAACAAAAACAAAAGUGAGUGAACUACGACAAUACUGAAAUGUGGAAGAUUUAGAUGGAACCAUGCUUUUUUUUUCUCACGUUUGCAGUUGUGUUUUUUUAUGUAUCUUGAAGUUUAAAAGAAAAAAACUAAAUAUUGUAAUAAAACUGCUAUACUGAUAAUUGUAUCUACUUUAAAAUGUAAAACAAAAACUAUGAGGUGACAAGCGUGAUCCUGCUGCUUGUCAGACAAAAAACCCAAUAAAACCCGAGCUGUAUAUCGAACUGUUUCAUUGAAGAGGCUGACGAGGAGGAGCUGAUGUUCUUCGCUAGCUCCAGGAGUGCCAGGAGGUGGAGACUACCUUUGAAUGAUAGGCCUGGAAAUAAAAUUAAUUUUAAACCCUGCCAAGCAACAUUGACGUACAGGUUCCAGGUGUACUUUUCAUUGUGAAUGGUUUUAAUAUUAAAGAAUCACAUCAUUUGAUACUGUAGGUGACAAGCA